AUGUCAAAAAAGGCCAAAUUGGACUAUCGCAUUCGCUUGAAUGCAUCAAUUGAUUGCAUUAGAUUUCUUUUACAUCAAGGAUUGGCAUUUCGUGGUCAUGAUGAGUCGGUUGAAUCUGAAAAUCAAGGUAACUUUAUGGAACUAUUGAAGUUUCUAUCCAAUCAUAAUGACGACAUAAAAAAAGUUGUGCUGGAAAAUGCUCCAAAAAACCAUCAAAUGAUGGCCUUCAACAUCCAAAGGGAAUUAACUAGUGUUUGUGCUCAUUUGACGACUAAGAAAAUUAUUGCAGAAAUUGUGAGAGAUAAACAAUCAUUUUCUUUACUAGUUGAUGAAUCUCGUGAUGUGGCAGUGAAAGAACAAAUGGCUAUUAUUUUUCGCUAUGUGGACAAAAUAGGUUGUGUUAUUGAACGUUUUAUCAGGGUUGUGAAUGUUAAGAAUACUUCUGCAAAGUUUUUGAAAAUUGCAAUAGAUGCUUUUUUUGUAAAGCAUGGAUUGAGUUUGACAAGUUUACGGGGGCAAGGUUAUGAUGGAGCAAGCAAUAUGAGAGCAGCAUCUUGUAAGCGCAGAGAUCUUCUACUUGAUAAACAAUAUGAAAAUGUGAUAUCUUUGAUUUCUAAUGGUGAUCUUCAUAUGAGACGAGUUUUGAAUAACAUUCAAGAAGAACUCAAUAAUCGUUUUGAUGAAGUAAAUAUGAGGUUGCUUCAAUGUAUGUCAUCUCUUGAUCCAAGUAACUCUUUUGUUGCAUUUAACAAAGAUAGAUUACUUGAAUUUGCAAAGUUUUAUCCUGCCAAUUUUCCUCAACACGAUAUUUGGUUGCUCGAUGAUCAACUUGAAAACUAUUAUGAGGAUGUUAGCACCAAUGCCAAUUUCACUCAUGUCGAAGGGAUUGCCAACCUUGCUAAAAAAAUGGUUGAGUUUAAGAAGGAUGUUGCUUACAACAAAGUUUUCUUGCUUAUUAAAUUAGCAUGGGUUUUGCCUGUGGCUACUGCAACAGUUGAAAGGGUGUUCUCUGCAAUGAAUCUUGUGAAAAAUAGUUUGCAUAAUCAAAUGGGAGACGACUGGAUGAACAAUUGCUUGGUGUUUUACACUGAAAAUGAAGUUUUUGCUACAAUUGAAAAUGAAGAUAUCAUUGAACACUUUCAGAAUAUAUCGAAGCAGAAAAUCGUGUUAAAUUGA